AUGAAGCUUGAAUUUUCCAACGGCUUUGAAGACUUGGCAUUUGUCUUAAAAUACUUCAAUGCCGAUUCCAGCCUGGAAAAGGUGGAAAGCGGGUUAAGGCUUACCGAUGGGGGAGAAGAAUACGUGGGACUAGACAACGUAUUGGCUUUUUUGUACAGAACUUACGAGCCAGGACACAACAAUAAAAGUAUCAAAGAAACAAAGAAAUUGAGGGAAAGUCCAGAAGUGAGGAAGGUAGAGGAAAGUAUAUCAAGUCUUGUAUCAUUUUAUGGGCUGUAUCGUCAGAUGAUUACACAAGGCAUAUUAAAAAAUAAGGUGUUUAUCGACCAAAUGGUUGAGCAUAUUAGGCCAAGAAUGAGUCUGGACUCUGAUUUUCAACUGCUAGACAUACAGGUUGGAGAGAUAGUAGACAUUGGCGAUGUUCAAGGACUUGAUAAGCUUUAUUCUGAGAGGGUUGUUGCAAAGGAAGAGAUAAGAGUUUUAAGUGGGCUGAAAGGCUAUGUAGAAAAAGAACAUCUAUUAGGAAACAAAUUCCUCUUUGUUACCAACAUGAAGCCAGCCAAAUUCAAGGGAGAGACUUCUGAAGGAAUGAUUCUAUGUGGGAAGGAUAAGGAUGGAAAGAUCGAGCCUAUUUUGAUACCAAAAGAGAUACAGAAUGGGGCCAGGUUAGGACUAGAAGGAUUUGAAAUGCUUCUUAAUGACUUUAGUUCUGGAAAGGUUGACAUGAGAAAGAGUGGAUAUGCCCAUGCUCUAGAAUCGUUUAAGAUAAUAGACCAUUUCCUCACUUUUAAGGGCAUAAAGGUCACUUGCGAAGGAAAGUUCAUCAAAACUCAUACUUCCGAUGGCCUGGUAAGUUGA